AUGACCAGGCUCGCCGUCUCACCAGACCACCGGACCACCUUCUCCAGUCCAUCCUCAAAACCCCAACCCGAGUCCAAAAUGAAGCCAGAAGAAACCACACCCCACGACUUCGCAGAUGACGCAGCAAACGCCGUGGGACUUUUCAAGCAAACCUUCCCCAGCUUCUUCACCUCAUUCGAGCUCGUCCUCGAUCCUCUGAUCCGCUUCUUCGUGGGAAAAUUCCAACUAAACAUGAACCGCAACCUCCUCCCUCCAACCGUGGACCAAGAGGACCCAGAUCAGCAGAAACUCCGCCACGCGAUUGUCAACAGCCUGAUGCUUCGCUUCGCCAACACGGGUUCGUUUCAGUUUGACCGUGACUACGACCACGAUAUCUUCACCUUUGUUCUCUACUGGUACCUGCGAGACCGCUGGGCUGCGUGUAUUCGCUGGCAGAUCGAGAAACAUGCCCCUGGAACAGACUUGGACUCCCUGCUUCGAUUUCCUUACAUGCCCAGAUCUGUUCCUGGGUGGUUGCGGCCUGAUCCUUUUGUUUACAGUCCGUACCACAUGGAGCGCAUUGAGAUUGGGCGGCUGCGGGAUGGACUUUUCUAUUGGGGUCGGCUGAAAUGGCUGAGUAGAAAUAUGCGUUGGAUGAGUGAGGAUAUUGAGAGGGUUGAUGAAACCCUGUGUUCUGAUACACCAGUACUCUACUAG